UGGACUUUGCAGGUGGUCGUUGUGAUUGUGGGUGUAGGAACAAGGGCUGUGACGCAAGAGACCGGCCCUCAUUCGGGGCCCACGGCUGCUGACAGGGGUUACACUGCAGAAUGGCAGUGGGAACAAUGGCCGCAACAGCUGAUGUCAGACAUUAAAAACGUGACUCGUGGGCCAGGACCCCGUAUGGGAUCAUCUUUGUGGUUUGAUAGUUCUGCCAGCAGUUGGUGGCUGUUUGGUGGUCACCAGUCACCAUCAAGCAGCACCAAAAACACUACAAAACUGAAAAUGUACACUGAUCUCUGGCGUUAUGACACCAGUGCUCGGAUUUGGAAUCGAAUUUUCCCUAAUGACAAGCUAAAGGGAAAUUCUGGUGGAAUGAUUCUUCUGAGAACAAAUCUGUUCAAUGAUGGGUACACUCAGAAAGGUAGAGGAACCUCAAGUAACAAUCCAGGUGUAGUUCUUUGUGGUCGCAGUGAAGGCAAAGGAUUAGAUGAGAGGUCGUUGGCAGUGUACGGUCCAAGGAGUUCCCGCAGCGACACAGUAUGGCAGCUGGAACUGAAGGACAGACAGUGGACAGCUUACGUGUGUUGCUGUGACAAUACAGGGAGACCAACAGGACAGAGUGCCAGAAACAAUAGUGCAGUGCCAACUGGAACAGUCAGACACGAAAGCAAUGUUACAAGAAACUUUUCCGCCAUUCAGAUUACUGAUGAUGGUUGUAAUGACACGAAAAUGAAUCAGAACAUUAAAGAAGAGAUCAACAACUACAGUACCACUGACAAUACUGAAAAGAAUAGAAAGAAAUCAAAAGAUGAAGAUGAUAAUCAAAGUAGAAUUUUAGAAGACUCGUUAAUAUUGGAAUGCAGAGAAUCGAGUACUGUAGUCAAUAAUCAAGAAAUUUAUGAGGAAGUUGACAGCAGGGGCAUUCUUCCAACACAAUCGCCAAUUACAGAGAAAUUAGUUAAAGACAAUAAUCGCUUAUUUAAUGCCUCAGUUGGGAGAAGGUUAAAUAAUGAUUCUUCUGUUCAGAACGAAGGACUAGGUAUAGGUAAACAAUGCCUGUCAGAUUUGGAGCAUGAAAAUGUUGGUGUUCCGGUGAACAACGUUUCUAGUAGAACCAAUUUCAGUGAUCUCGGUGAGGAUCGCAAUGAAGAUGAAACUGUUCAUACUUUAGGUAACAGAGCAACGCAUAGAAUAAACCAGAGGGAUGUCGUACCAAAUAAGGAAUCACGCAAACAGAAACCAAACUUAGAGGUUAUGUCAAAUGAUUCAUUUUUAAAUCAUGCAUUUUGUCCUGAUUUUGAUGUUGGUGAUAAUUCUAAUGAGGGACCCAGAGGACAUCCUGUGGCGUGGUGUGACACCAACAAGGAGCUGCUGGUGGCACUUGACCUAAAAGUGAUUCCUCUAAAACUGUGGCAGUUCGAUCUCAGAACAUCGCAUUGGACACAGCAAAAGGUAAACAUAGAAGAGGGCACUCUGUGGCCAGGAUGUUCAUCACAUAUUCGUUACACAUCAACUGGCAGUACCGUGUACAUCCUUUGCCCACCAUAUGGCACAACAACUGCAACUUCCACUCGUCUCGUAUACAGAAUUGAUCCCAGUAACGCCACUCUUCAAGCCUCUGGCCAGUUGCAGCUUAAUAUUCUGUUUGGAAACGAAGGUGGCGAUGCCAUUUGGACGGACGAGACCAAGACCAUUCUACAGACAGUUGAUACUGACUACAACAGGACAUUGCUGUUCGUAGCGUAUGACAAGCUGCUCGAUAUCUGGGUCUUAGACAGAUACAAUGACCGUAGCUAUUUUGUACCAGUUGAAAAUAUCUGGCGAGGCAGUGCUUUGAAAUGGUUCCGAGGGUUUGACGCCCCAUUUUACAAUCUGCAAAUGGGAGGCCAAUCAUGGUUGCUGCCUAACCCUAGGCAAGUAACAAAAUAUUGGCCGCGCGAAAGAGGUAGAUUCAUUAUUCGCCUUAUAGACCCCAAGGAAAAUUCUUCUGGAGCUAGUCCAAUUGAAGAGGAGCUACACAUGAUAGAAAUGAAGAACCAUUCAGAAACCAGCAUUCCAAUUCUGCAGCAUCACCAGACUCAAGAUGGAAUCAAAGCAUUAAUGUUUUUUGCCCUGUCAAUUUCGAUAUUUGGAAUAUUUGGAAUGGCAGUAUUUGUGAGGCGAUGCGUCACGUGUCCACCACAGUCUUGGCCUCUUCGUGGUGAUGACGGAAGCAAGGCGACACCUCCUGUUAUACGAUACAGUGUCAUACCUGAUGACCUAGCAUAUCCUGUAGCAUAGCAAUGUUAUUUCUGUAUGCUGUGAGGGAGAAAUAUACCCAUCUCCUGAGGUCAUAAUAUCUGUUUGAGGUCAUGGCAUAUCUUCCUAUUGGGAUGUACUGUCCAUAGUACCACUAAAUCAAGCAGAGGAAUGAAAUUAUUGAUGUAUGCGCUGAAUUGGACUGAGAAAUUCGCUCUUUAAUAACAGUGAAUUAAGCCUGUUGGAUAUUUUGGGAGCAAGCUGUAUCAAGGCGCAUGCAGACAGCUUUGCAUUAUCUUGUAGCAGUUGGUAUAAUAAUAAGUUAGUGAGUACAAAGGGGAAAUAGAUGAAUAAAAGAGGAAACUCUCUUAAUUAAUCCAUUAACCUGCCGCACCGUUAGAUCACGUUGUCUAAAACCAACUUAAAAUAAAUUUGUGUCUGAACAUAAAAUUCUGACUUAAUUUUUUAAAAUCAAAAUAGAUUGGAGUUAUGCUGUUUUUUUUUUUGUUGAUAUAAUUUUUCCACACUGAAUGCGCAGUGUAUCCAGUUUUCUGUAUACAACCAUUUGUUACACACAUCUACUCUAUUGGUAUAAUUUCUUGACUGCACUUUUAUUAUUGCAAGUGUUUCAAUAUGGAGACAACAGACAUAUUGUAUACCUGAAACUUAUUUUUAAUGUUGUUGAACAGAGCAGGGACAUAACUUCCAUCUGUGGCAAAUGACAACACCACUUAUUUCAACGAUCAAAGUAUUUUAUGACGUGCCAAACAUUGCAUGGUAUUAGUAAAUGAGCAGGGGCCUUCGUUAAAUUAUUUUUAUGCUUUCAAAAUAAGCUUAAAAUAUCAAUGUAGACAGUUUCAAAAUUUCUUAGAAAUAUAAUUAUCUGAUAACAAAGUGAUGACAUAUUUCAGAAGAUGUCUAAUUAAUGACAAAUAAAACAGUUUUAUUUGUAUGUAUCACGUGAAGUUAGGAUCUGGACAAAAGGGUUAUUUAUUACUGGUAAUAUGUAUAGCUCUGCCAUUUUGUAAUGUAGGUAAUAAAUGCUUUUAUAAUUAAAUAUUUAGGAAUGGCAGUAACAAAAUGUAAGGAAAUUAUGAGCAGAUUAAAUAUGAGGAAUACCGUCACGUUUUAUUUCCGAAUCUCUUCUUCUUCACGACUACUCUUUAUAAACAGAGAUUAAAAUAUAAAAUACUAUACCCUAUUUUGUUUUAUAUGGGAAUGGAUCUUUGUAAGGGAUGAAGACAGGUGAAAGAAAGUAUCUUGGGAAAAUAUUUGAACGUAAGAGAGUGGAAGUAACGGCAGGCUUGAGAAAACUGUAGAUUGAUCGGUUUCACAAUUUGUAGUUUUUACCAAAUAUUACUAGAGUGAUGAAAUCAAGGAGGAGAAUAUUGUAAUUUAAGCCUCAGAGAUAUUUGUGAGUGUGGGUGCAUAUAAAUAAACUUCAGCUUGUACCGAUUCUUUUGUAACUCUGAUGCUGAAUAUGACGGAAUGGACAUUACACAAGUACCUGUCAUUUUUAUUAUGGCAUGCCUUUUCAUAUUUUGCUACUGUAUGCUGUCAAAUUACAUGGGAUGUUUGCUACUAGUCCUGCAAGUAUAUGAUACACCUUCAAAUUCAAGUCUUAAUUUAUGGUCGACUGUACCUCAACAAGUACUGCAACAAAUCUGACUGAAAUGAUAAAUUACUAUUUUGGUUUGUUGCCAUUUACAUGUUAUUUUAU